GAAGCAGAUCUGGAAAAAAGGCUUCAUGAGUUGGAUCUUAGAAGUGAUUUAGAUGUUCCCGAUAUUCCUCCACCAACAGACAGGACUCCAGAAAUCCUCAAAAGGGCUUUGUCAGGCUUGUCUGCGAGAUGGAAAAAUUGGUGGAUUCGUGGAAUUCUCAGUCUAGCUAUGAUUUCUGGUUUUUUUCUGGUCAUAUACCUGGGAUCAUUUAUGCUGAUGCUUCUGGUCUUAAGCAUCCAAGUGAAAUGUUACCAUGAAAUCAUUACUAUAGGUUACAGAGUCUACCACUCAUAUGAUUUACCGUGGUUUAGAUCCCUCAGCUGGUACUUUUUGCUGUGUGUGAACUACUUCUUUUAUGGAGAGACUGUAGCUGAUUACUUUGCUACGUUUGUUCAGAGAAGAGAACAGCUUCAAUUCCUAAUUCGCUACCACAGGUUUAUAUCUUUUGCACUCUAUUUAACAGGCUUCUGCAUGUUUGUUUUGAGUUUAGUGAAGAAACAUUAUCGUCUGCAAUUUUACAUGUUCGCAUGGACUCAUGUCACUUUGCUGAUCACUGUAACUCAAUCUCAUCUUGUCAUCCAAAAUCUCUUUGAAGGCAUGAUCUGGUUUCUGGUUCCCAUUUCAAGUGUCAUCUGCAAUGAUAUUGCCGCCUACAUUUUUGGAUUCUUCUUUGGCAAAACUCCAUUAAUUAAGCUGUCUCCCAAGAAGACCUGGGAAGGGUUCAUUGGAGGCUUCUUUUCCACAGUUGUAUUUGGAUUUAUUUUUUCCUAUUUUUUGGCUCAACAUCAGUACUUUGUCUGCCCUGUGGAAUAUAACAGUGAAACCAACAGAUUCGUGACAGAGUGUGAACCUUCAGAGCUCUUUCAGAUUAAGAAGUACCCUUUGCCACCGUUGUUUCAGGCUGUGUUGGGAUGGGAAACAGUGAAUAUGUACCCAUUUCAGUUGCACAGCAUUGCACUAUCAACAUUUGCCUCAUUAAUUGGGCCAUUUGGAGGAUUCUUUGCCAGUGGAUUUAAAAGAGCUUUCAAAAUCAAG